AUCUCAGGGGGUCUGUCAUCUGGGACUGUCAGCUCCAAGCAGGGCAAUGAGCAACUUCUGCCUCUCAGAUAAGUUCCCACUGACACCAUCAGGGGCGGACUGACAACUCAUGGGGCCCCCGGGCAAUAGGGGAUCAUGGGGCCCCUGUGUCCUUGCCCAAACUCACAAAAAGCCUAUGAAAAAGGUACCAGGGGCAUCUCAUGGGGCCCCCUACUGACCCCGGGCCCUCGGGCAGUGCCCGAGUUUCCAAAUGGUCAGUCCGCCCCU